GUCGAUCGCGUCGGACGUAUUUUAAAAUUUGCGCCCAUUCGUUGAGGCAAGACCUCGGACAAGUUUUUGUUGUGUUGUUUUUUUUUUCGAUGAACCAUAUUUACCAGCUCUAGCUGGCAUACCGGUUUUUAUUCGUGUUUUUUUUUUCGAGUUGCAAAAGGCUUCAGCAUUUAUGUGCGAAAUUUUGUUCUUUCCUCUUUUGUGUACUGCUGCCGAGUAUUUACGGAAAGGUGAAGUGAAAGAAUACUCGUGCUAGGUGAAGUCGAGUUCUGUUGGUUGAAUACAUACUGGGAUUAAACGAAGCGUGGAGUGGUCGCGCGAUAAGAGAGCUCUGCCGCAUGCAUUAGGAAUGCCGUGAUAUGUGAAUCAUAAUUUUGGAAACAUCAAGUGGGGUUCAAAUAAAUCAGCUUGUGGAGGCUGUUGAUGAAUAUGUCGCAAGGUGGUAUGAAACGUUGUGCUGAAUUAAGUUGGAAUAUCCACAAGUGAUUACUUGAAGUGAACAUCGAUUCACAGUUUGGUUGAGGUUGUUAAAAUCUCUACUGUUUGGAAGCCGGUGUUUGUAGAGUUGGUCAAUAUCAGUAUUUGAUUUCUGACCUCAAAUGCACUGAUGUGUAGAGUGUAUCCUGAGCUAAUGGGUAUAAAACUAUUAUAGCGAAGAUCGAUGAAAUUAUCGUUUUAAAGUUUUUCUUGAACCACUUGCAUCUUGCACAAAGGAUGCCUUCUCUCCAGUGUAAUUAAGAAUAAGCGAGAAGCUCCGGUAAAAAGCAGCAGACUGUAUGCUUCAUGGCCAUCAUCUUCUUCACCAUCGACCUCACAUCGCAGAGCUUACGAAUGUCUGGCGCAACACCACAAGAAGACCAUUUCUUUUAAUUAUAAUACAUAAUUUAUGUACCUGUGGCCAAACGUGUGUUGUACAAUUACCGUGCAAGUUCCUAGAGGAAUAAAAAGUGCAACCAAUCUUCCAACUGGGAUAAGCCAUCCUCCUUUGUGUUCUUCGUGAAAUGAUGAUGAUGAUGAUGAUACUCGGUCCACCGUAGCCCUUUCCUGGAAUACUAUUAUGUAAUGUUGGAGCUCGUUCCACGGGAAUCUUUUCCAUGAAGUCUGCGGCCAAUCGUCAAAGGCUGUCGUAAGUGUGAGUGGAACUAUAAAUUUACAGAAAUAAUGAGAAAGAACAUGACCAAACAAAAGACUCAGAUAACGAAGAUACGAAUGGAACGAAGAUAACAUUGGAGCAUAAAAAUUCCACUCAAAGAAGCACCGUGUAACAGAUUGUAAUGGAAUGAAGAUAAAUUCUCAUAGCGCGAGAUUACGUUUAUGGUUAGAAAUUAAGCUUAUUGAAAUAAAAGUGCCGUUUCAUGAGUGCUGCCUUUUGUGAUUGUGUACAUUCCAUCGAUUACUGUGGAUAGUUGAGAAUUUUAUACACUGUCAAGAAGAUUCACCGAGAGGGCUUCAAUGAAGCAGUGAUCCAUUUCAAUAUUGUUUUGCAUUAUAAAUAGUGAAAUACUGAUAAGAGCCACAAUCGGUGCACUUUUCUGUCUGUCACUUCUCGAACACAUUCAAUGUUGUCAAUGGGUUGAAAAGGCGUUUGAUUACCCUGAAAAUGCCGAUCACCACUGCGAAUGCUGCGAGCAGUAGUGGCUCUACGUCGUCUUUGAAAAUUUCCGGAGAUGAUAGUCGCGUUAUUAGUCGACAGGAUGAACUGAUGAGCAGUGGUAGAGUAACGCCGGUAAGCGGACCGCUUGGAGGCGGACGCAACGGUAGACCUGGAAGUGGCCUGAGUCUCAGUGUACUAGAUUUGGCCGCGAUUCGAAAGAUAUUGGAAAAUGAAACGGGCGGUGCCGUUUGUCCUAGCUGUCAGAUGCCAUUUGAUAAGGGUAAAAAGAGGAAGCUGAUCGAUACCUGUGGCCAUGAACGGUGCUACUCGUGCAUGUUCCGGAACGAGAUCUGUCCUAUCUGUCAACCCGCCAUGCAGCCGGAUAUUGAUCAUGAUAUCCUAUCUCACAACGGCAGCUACAUGCAAAGAAGGAUGCACGACUACGAUACCGGAAUAGGAAGCUCGACUACGCUGCUGAGUCCUCUAGGAUCUCCCCAGCCGAAAUGUCGCUCACAGAUCAAACAGAGCGGAAACUUUUCGCCAAUUUAUCAGAGCCCAAGUGAUCUCAUGUCGUCGGACGUGUACAAGCUGAAGGAUCGUCCACCUCGCUGCCCAUCGGCUUCCGGUCGUUCGGAAUCGCACUACGCAAGUAUUUCGGGCAACAGUUCCAGCGGCAACUAUGGAAUCAUCGGAAUGAAAUCCUCGCAGCGCAGUGGACUCAACAGCAGCAGCGAGAUAUCGUCCAGUGCAUGUGCGACUCCUCCACAGAACCGGAGGCGACUGUUCAGUCCCAAGAACUUGCGCAGCCCGUUCGGAUAUCGACGCAGCAAUACAGCCACCGAUAACUCUACUCUGUCCGGUUUAGCGUCCCUGCUGAACCCGGCCACCUAUCACCGAGCGGCCACGGCAGGAACCAGCAAUUUGCGAACAUCGUCCGCGGCGUCACCAGCAUCGGAUUCAUCGACCUGUAAUGGCGCAACCAUCAUCAGCAAAAGACAACGGAACGCAGCUAAUGAUAGCCAUAAAUUUCAUCGGCUGAGCUUAGGCAAAGCCUCGAUGGUCUUUGGCAAGAUCAAAUCCCUCUGGACGGCCCAAACGUCGACGACCAGCGCCGGAUUGAAUCAAUUAGCAGACGACGAAGGUGGGAACGUUAAACCGAUGCUCCUGAAUGGAAAGUCCAAAUCGUCCCAAGAUGAGUUGCAGGUUCGGCUGGGAUUCUUCCUGGAGAACAACCCGCGCCGGAAUCUGCGAGCUCCAAACCAGUCUUGUAGCUCGCUAACGUCCACCAACACCAGCCCGGUAUCGACGCUGACGGGCUCGUCGGAAGCAGACGUAUGUCGGACGCUCCAACUGCAGGAACCCAACCACUACAACACGGGCUGUGAUUCCAUCGGUUCCAUGAUGUCGGUUUCCAUCUCGGAGCAGAGCAACGCUUCAUCCAGUCCCAUGAGCAGGCGACAUUCGGUUACAAAUUCCCAAGGUGGCGCUAACGCCGAUGACCUGGCCCUUUUCAAGACACGUAAAACUACGGUACGGCGAUCUGCUCGAUCGGGUCAUAUCAAAGGUCCCAUUGAUCCGAAGAUACGCUUCGCGCAGUACCGGCAGCAGCAGCAGUUAACUUUGAAGCCAUUGUUCUUUGAGGUGCCCACUCAAGAGCCGGAUCCACUUUUUGUAGGUCGACAUUGGUUGGUGCGCGAGUUAUCAAACGCCAUACAAUCCACGGAUUCUCCAGGUGUUUUGUUAAGCGGCAACUUGGGAACCGGAAAGACGGCUCUAUUACUCCAGCUGGUUGAGUACUCUUGCUUCGGACGCCGCAAGGAAAUGCCGAUUCAGGAAAACGACGGCAUCUACUGUCAAAUCAAUGUUGCUCAUGAUCGUUUGCGGAGCCUUGCCUCGCAUGUUGUGGGUUACCAUUUCUGCCAAGCAGAUAACAAUUCCACCUGCCUUAUACCAGAUUUCAUACACUCGUUAGCUGCGCAACUUUGUCAAGCACCUCAACUAACAGCAUAUAGAGAAUUUCUGUUAGGGGAGCAAGCUCUUCAAAAUGUUUUGAGCGUGAAAGAGUGUAUAGCUGACCCAGAACGAGCCAUGAUCAUGGGUAUCUUAGAACCACUUUCUGCGCUCAGACGGGUUGGCAAAAUUUCGCCAAAAAAUUGUAUCAUACUUAUCGAUGGCCUUUGUGAGGCAGAGUAUCACAGACCUGACCAUGGUGACACGAUAGCUUCAUUUCUUCAGAAAAUGACCGAACACUUUCCGUCUUGGUUGAAGGUGAUUGCAACGAUUCGAUCCCAGAUGUUAGAAUUUACCAAAGGACUAGCAUAUACGAAAAUAACCCUCGACAAUUGGGGCAGUAACGAAGCACUGCAGAAGGACGUCCUCGAAUAUAUCACAUUCCGCAUCAAUCAAAGUUCAAGCAUACAACACAACAUUGCUGGAGGCAAAGAAAUCAUUAAUACAAGCCUGCAUUUUAAAUUUGCCCAACACUUACUAACUCUCACUAAAGGUUCCUUCCUUUACGCCAAGCUCACGCUAGAUCUGAUCGAACGGGGUAGUUUGGUUAUUAAAUCCAGCAGUUUCAAAGUGCUUCCGGUAUCAUUGGCGCAGAUAUUUUUGCUCAACUUCAAUCUGAGGUUCCCAACAACUACGGCAUAUGACAAAAUCUCGAGCAUUCUUUGCGUGUGUCUUGCGGCUCUCUAUCCACUGACCCUAACAGAAAUUUUCUACUCGGUGAAUGCGCUCAUUGUGGAAGGUGAAGGUGGCGAACAAAUUGAUUGGGACGAAUUCCUCUGUCGCUUCAAAACCCUCACAGGUUUUCUCAUAAAACGAAUAGACAACACGUACAUGUUUUUCCAUCCAUCCUUUAGGGAAUGGUUGAUCAGAAGAGACGACAAUGAAAGCUCGAAAUUUCUAUGCGAUCUCAGAAAUGGACAUGCUGGAAUAGCACUGCGCUUGUCACGAUUGCAAGCCCCUCUGGAUGCAGAGCAGGCUCUAGAGCUGGGUCAUCAUAUCUUGAAAGCUCACUUGUAUCGAUCAGCACCGCACAACCAAUCUCCUAGAGAUCUCCAAGCCUUCUGGGUAUCUUCGGUAACAAACUGUGUGUCUUCUGCACUAUGCACCUUGCGAAAUGUCUACAGUCCAAACAUUAAGGUUUCACGAUUACUGCUGUUGGCAGGAGCUUCACCAGAUCACAUUACUGGAUUUUUAGGUAACGCUACAGUGCUUUGUAUAGCGGCACAUGAAGGAAUCGUACCCAUGGUUAGUCUGCUACUGGAAUUCGGAGCACAUGUUGAGAAGACCAACAGCCAGGGCUGCACUCCUUUAGUUUUGGCUUCUGCUAAAGGCCACUGCGACGUAGUUCGUCAACUUGUAGCAGCUGGAAGUGCACUUGGACAAACUGAUACAUCUCAAAGAUGCGCUUUGGUACACGCUGCUAUCACAGGAAAAUUGAAAGUGGUAAAAUACCUUGUUGCAUGUGACUGGAACAUAAGACCUGACAGCAGUGAUGUUUCCCUGGAACAUGCUGCUCAACAAGCACUGAUAGCAGCGGCCGGACAAGGUAAUACCGAAAUCGUCGAAGAUUUUCUCGACAUGGGAGAAGUGCAGGUCAAUCGGCUGGACAUUAUAACCGGAGAAACGGCAUUGACCACUGCUUGCGCGAACGGACACACUGAAACAGUCACAAUUUUACUGAGUCGAGGAGCUGCUAGCGAUGUAAGAAACAGGAAAGAUCAAUCACCGUUGCUGAUUUCCGUAAAAGAAGGUCACUGGGCUAUUGUUGAACGAUUGCUUCAAAGUCAAACCGAUGUGGAACAAACCGAUAGCAAUGGUAAAACAGCACUUAUGGUCUCCGCAGAAGAGGGACACGUUGGUAUCAUAGAACUACUUUUAAACAGAGGAGCUUCGUUAGAUACACAGGACAAAGAUGGUCUGACUGCGCUAAGCUGGGCUUGUUUGCGUGGUAAACAGCAGGCUGCCAAGUGUUUACUAGAACGUAACGCUAACAAACAGCACGCCGAUAAUACCGGUCGAACGCCGCUAGAUCUGGCAGCAUAUCAGGGAUCUGCUGCGCUAGUACAAAUGCUUCUCGAUCAUGGCGCUCAAAUCGAGCACGUCGAUGUCAAUGGGAUGCGCCCAUUGGACCGGGCCAUUGCCUGCCGCAACGUUCAGGUGGUACAGGUUUUCCUAAAACGAGGAGCGAAACUGGGGCCAGCUACUUGGGCUAUGGCCAAUGGGAAAUCAGAAAUAAUGCUCAUACUUCUAAACAAGCUCCUUGAAGAUGGCAACACGCUGUAUAGGAAAAACCGACUACAGGAAGCUUCCCACCGAUACCAGUAUGCGUUGAAGAAAAUUCCAUCCAGUUCGGCAGGAUCCAAUGGUACCAAUCCCUACGGGAACAGCUCAGAAACACUAGCUCAGUUACCGCUCCAGGACACCAACAACAACUCAGCCAACAGUGCCACAUUCCAGCAGCUGAAGUUUAACUUCUUGCUCAAUUUGUCUCGUUGCAAAAGGAAAAUGAACGACGUCUCCGAAGCAGUAGAUUUGGCGGGUCAAGCCAUCGAUAUUAAGCCCAAUGCCUACGAUGGAUACUACGCUCGCGCAAAAGCCCUUAUGGAGUACGGCAAUUUUGGCGAAGCCCUGAAGGAUGCUGGUACAGCACUAACGAAAUCACAGGCUACAUCUAUCGAAAUCCGAGACACGCUUACAAGGCUCCACAGCGAUCUACAGAAGCGACACAUGCAGGCCCUAGCAGAUGCCAGUUGCGCCAUGUUGGGAGUGGACGGUAGCACACGAUCCAGUUCAGUUCACAGCAAUCGUUCGAUUGCUGAGUCCAUGGAUAUCAUCACCGACUUGUAAUACUUCGAUCGGAAUAGCAAAAUCUAAUGAUCAAUGGUUGAUGACUAUUGAUGAGACUUUACAAAAAAAAAACUCUAAGAAAAAAGACUAAUGUAACAAUCAUUCGCAAUGCAAUAAUCACCUUAGAAUUAUAGAUUCCUUCAUAUGAAAACUUAUUCAAUAUACUUAAAUCAAUUUAACCUUUUUGUCUUAAAAUAUAACUAAGCACUGAAAGUGCACUAAACUUUUAAACUAAACUGUAACGGAUAAUUCCUUGUUUGUAAAAAUAGAAGUGCAGCACGAUUAUAUAUAUUUAACGUAAAAACGAACUAUGAAAUCAAAAUUACAACAUGAAUAACUUACUUAUAAAAAAAAACAUAAUAUAUUUAUUUUUGAGCCAAUGUUAACUGAACGCAUUUCUUCAAAUUGACGUAAAAUAGUCCAUCAGGAGCCAUACAUUUGAUGGAUACUUGUACAUAGUUCAGUGGAAUGAUGGGUUUUCGUUAUUUGUAUUGCAAAAUUCUACACAAAAGCACUCCACCUAAAGCACUUAAAAACAUAUUUAUCAACAUCAUUUUGCUAGUUUGCUGAAUAGAAGAAAAUCAGACACUUUUAGGGUAGACUUAAAUUAUUGAUUUUAGCCUAGAGAAAAGUUAUUUUGUAUUGCAUUCUUCGACCCCAGUAAUGAUUGAAAUAAAUGACCGAAACUAGA